AUGGGUAACCACGCGCUCACUCUCAAUGGCUUCACCAACACCGUCACGACCAACAACCACAUCACGUCCCGUGGUAGUGACUGGUACUUCACGGUCAGCGCCGUGAUGGCCACCGCCAUGCUCUGCGUGAUGGGCCUGUCGUUCACCAAGCCGCGUUCUCAACGGUUGUUCCACUACAUGUUGGCCUCGCUCUUGCUCGUCUCCGGCGUCGCCUACUUCGCCGAGGGUUCCAACCUCGGCUGGACCGCGAUCCAGGUAGAAUGGGACCGCCACGACCCCAAGGUGCACGGCAACAUGCGCCAGAUCUUCUACGUCCGAUACAUUGACUACUUCAUCACCACGCCCUUGUUGCUGUCGACGCUUCUGCUGGCCUCUGGUCUCCCUACCCCAACCAUCCUGUAUGUUCUGAUGAUGGACGUUGUCAUGGUGAUCAUGGGUCUCGUGGGCGCCCUGGUCAAGAGCACCUACAAGUGGGGCUUCUACACUUUCGGCCUCACCGCAUUCUGCUUCAUCGCCUUCUCUGUAGUCUGGGAAGGCCGUGUCUAUGCGCGCGCUCUUGGUGCGGACAUCCUCAGGAACUACACCGUGGCCAGCGCCUGGCUGAUGAUCAUCUGGCUUGUCUACCCGGUUGCCUGGGGUGUCAGCGAAGGCGGCAAUGUCAUUCCUCCCGACUCCGAGGCCAUCACGUAUGGUGUGCUUGAUAUCCUGACGAAGCCCGUCUUUGCUGCCUUGUUCCUCUGGGGCAUUCGCUCUGUCGACCUCACCCGUCUCGGCCUCAACAUCCGCGAUGUCACUCUCGCUCCCGGUGCUGGUGCCGGUGAGAAGCAAGCCACAGCUGCUCCCGACGCUGGUGUCGCUCCUGCUGCUGGCACCACCCCUGCCACCACUGUGUAA